AAAAAAAAAGAGGACAAAUUUACAUACGAGGGACUCGACUUGAAGAGCUCUGAAAUUUCUCUCUCCUCUCUCUUUUUCGCAAUUGGCACACAGUAGAGAGAGAAAGUUAGAGAGAGAAAGUUGGAAGAAGAAGAAGAAGAUGGAGAAUCAUCAAGAGGGAGGAGAGAGAGAGGAGGAAGUCUUAGGGUCAAGUUUGACCAUGGAGAAAGUCAAGGCUGCUAAGAAGUUUAUCGAGAAUCACUAUCGAGCUCAGAUGAAGAACAUUCAAGAAAGAAAAGAGAGACGUUGGAUACUAGAGAGGCAGCUAGCUUCUUCAGAUGUGCCCAAAGAAGAGCAAAUGAGCUUGAUAAAAGAUUUGGAGCGAAAAGAGACAGAGUUUAUGCGACUGAAAAGGAAUAGGAUAUGUGUGAAUGAUUUUGAACUAUUGACCAUCAUCGGGAGAGGAGCUUAUGGUGAGGUUCAACUAUGCCGAGAAAAAAAAUCUGGGAAUAUAUAUGCCAUGAAAAAACUGAAGAAAUCCGAAAUGCUUAGCCGAGGACAGGUGGAACAUGUUAGAGCAGAAAGGAACUUGCUUGCGGAAGUUGAUAGUCACUGCAUCGUUAAGCUUUAUUACUCCUUUCAAGAUGCUGAAUAUCUGUAUCUGAUCAUGGAAUAUCUGCCUGGUGGUGACAUGAUGACCCUUUUGAUGAGGGAGGAUAUCUUAACUGAAAAAGUCGCAAAAUUUUACAUUGCGCAGAGUGUCUUGGCAAUAGAAUCUAUUCACAAACAUAAUUAUAUUCACAGGGACAUUAAACCAGACAAUCUACUUCUGGACAAGAAUGGCCAUAUGAAACUUUCAGAUUUUGGCCUUUGUAAACCUCUUGAUUGUGCAACAUUGUCUACCAUCAAGGAGAAUGAGUCCUUAGAGGAUGUUUCUAGAGAACCAAUGGAUGUGGAUGCUUCUCUUCCUGAUGCUGGUAAUGGUUGUGGUUGGAGAAGUGCUCGUGAGCAACUUCAGCACUGGCAAAGGAACAGGAGAAAGUUGGCAUUUUCCACUGUGGGUACACCUGACUAUAUUGCUCCUGAAGUUUUACUGAAGAAAGGAUACGGCAUGGAGUGUGACUGGUGGUCAUUGGGUGCAAUCAUGUACGAGAUGCUAGUUGGUUAUCCUCCUUUUUACUCGGAUGAUCCAAUAACAACAUGCAGAAAGAUUGUUCACUGGAGGCACUACCUCAAAUUUCCAGAGGAUGCGAAGUUGACACUUGAGGCAAAGGAUCUCAUCUGUAGGCUGCUUUGUGAUGUAGAACAUCGAUUAGGCACUGGAGGGGCUGAGCAAAUUAAGGCACAUGCUUGGUUUAAUGAUAUUGAGUGGGAUAAGUUGUAUGAGAUGGAGGCAGCCUUUGUGCCACAAGUUAAUGGGGAACUGGAUACUCAGAACUUCAUGAAAUUCGAUGAGGCAAACCCUCCAACACCAUCGAGAUCUGGAUCAGGCCCCUCAAGAAAGAUGCUGACGUCAAAAGAUUUAAGUUUUGUUGGCUAUACGUACAAGAAUUUUGACGCUGUUAAAGGGCUACAUCAUUCAUUUGAUCGAAAAGGGAGCACUUCGCCUAAACGGCCGUCUCUGGAUUCUAUGUUCAAUGAAAAUGGGAUUGAUUAUUCAGCAAAGCAUGCAGACGAAAUGGAUGUACAGAUGCUUUCGACAACAGACGAUUGCAUGUCCCCGUGAAGAAAAUGAGAGAAGAGAAACAUGGCGUUCUUGUAGAGUUUGUGGCAUAAAUAUGGGGCUUUACCAAAAUGUGAUGCUUUUUAUGAUUUGGCUUCUGAGUGUUCUGCAGCUCCAUCGUCAUAAAUAUUCAAGUGUACAGCAUUGAGAAACAUCAGGUAGAGCCCGACGCGGGGUAGGCUUGGCCGAAGUGGAAUCUAAUGUUAGAAGGGGUUUGUGUAAUAGGGACUUUUGAUCCCUCUUUCUUCAUCUUUUUAUAUAUCCUUUUUUUUUUUUUUUAGUUUCCUCAGUUAUGUUUUUGGCUAGUUGGUUAGAAAUUCAUGAGUCUGUAGAAUUUGGUCCUGGCUGCCCAGGUUGGCUAGUGUAGGGAUUAGUAAAAUGCCUUCUCUAGUGGCAGUUUCUGGUCGCUGUUUUGAACUUUGUGGGGAGACUAGAAACGAACUGUAUAACAUUUGUAACAAAUUAUGAAAACUUAGAAGUAUAAACUCAGCUUCUAAUUUACUGGAUAUGUAAUGUAUGACAUCUGAGGUAACAUUUUUGUA